ACUGGACGCACGAACACGUCAAAACAGCUUUCCCAAAAAGUGUAUACGUACUUUGAAUGAUUAGUCCUUAUUUAUACAUGAGUAGUAUUUAAAUUAUACUUCUUUUAUAUCGCGUAUGCUAAACUGAUUGCCGUUUUGAUCAAUAUACUGCUGGUAACGGUGCGCUAUAAGUUCGCAAACUUUAACAAGCGUUUUACUUGACGUUGUGGCGCAUUCUGCUGAGUUGCGACUUUUAGAUAUCCCAGUGUGAAUUUGUUAUUUUAAGUAUUCCCACAAAAAGAGUCAAUAGGUAUUAGAUCUGAAGAACCUAUCCUAUGAAACGUCUUUGUCCAAUCUAGCCUGUUUGAAGGAUUUUUAGGAGUCCUGUUGAAAAGAAAAUUCGUUGUUUUAACCAACGUCCUUUCGUUACGGUAGGAUAGAUAAGAGAAAGUUACUCUAAUAAACUUCCACUAGAUGGCAACCGGCGCUAUACUGUUACAAAAGAAGAGUCUUAGUUAUUUCCUUAAAAUGCCGUACCACGCCGUAACCUCUAAUACUUUUAUACAAUUAUCCUGUGUAACAUGUAAACUUACGCCAUUUAAUUCGAAUGUAGCUUUAUCGCUCAAAACAGCCUUCGCCAAAAUCUGUGCACCCUUUUCAUAUUUUUUCAAGUACCAUUUGCAGAAUUGUUUCUUUUUUUUGUUAUAGGCCGGAUCAUCUUGGUAACAUGCACCAUAAUUUUCCAUUUACAACGCCAAGGAAUGUAACGUACACUUGAUUUGCUGAGGCUAAGCUCACGAGUCGACUGCGUUAUAGAUCUUUGGGAUGUUCCGCUUUAACUUGCCAACAUUCUUUUUCAGCUGAUAAAGUUCCUUGAUGUUCUUGGUUUUCUAAAACAUUGUUUACGAACAACCUGGAGGUUCCACCUGUUUCGAACUUAUCUUGUAUCCAAGUGGUAGUAAGUAGCGUAAAUGGAUCUGCCCAAAAAAACACUCUAUGAUAUUGUCAUUGUACGUCUCUUAAAUUUUCAUACUUUCAAUAGCAUUUUAAAAUUGCUAAAAAGGUAAUCUUAGCCCAUGCAUGAUUUCCGAUUAAUUGUAUCCUGAAAAGAAAGAACAAUCAGAAUGUUAUGACUCGUUACACAGUAUGUAGACACUCGAUGUAUAUGACCUUUGCAGAGGUAAAUGGUGCUUAGGUAGCAAAAACCUACCUAAAAUGUACUCUAUAAACUGUUACCAUCUGACUUAGCGUAUCAGAGUAUGCAACUGAAAGAUUGUCUGAUCUUCCUGACGUAGAUUUUCUUAGCUCUAUGGUAGUUGAUUAAGAGAUUACCAAAAAGUUUCACAUAAAAAACAAGACGCAGAUGAUAAAUUUAGUACUUACGACAAAAGUGCUAUUAGUAAGAGAUUAUCAGCUGGUUGUUAUAAUUUUAUAGAGAAAGAAUUAUACAUGGCACUUAGUAACUAAACGGAUAUGCGACCAAUAUGGACGUAGUUCAUUUUCUUCUUAACAAAAGAGGAGACUUGUGCGACUUGUAGCAGGCUGCCGAGUCAACUCAAUCUGUGUCGGAUUCGGCUACACCAAUAAUUAAUAAACAUGAAAAAAAUUAGCUUUUUUUAGGAUGUUGGUAACUGCGGUGAUCCGUUCUCAGCUCUGUAAUAACCGGAGAACUGCAGUUCCUAAUCACUAAUUGCAUCAGCCAUGUUUGAUUAGUAUCUGUCUAAUACCUAUUUUCUGCUUGAUACAGAACUACUCCACGAAGUUCCAUGCGCGGUUGGCUUUGAAGGGAACAGAAACAUCAGAAGGCGAAAACUUUAUCUUUCAUAGAACUGUUAACUUCACUAACUUUACAUGCCAGGAUGCCGGUCGCUUUUGUGACAGACGCAGCCGGCCUAUUAUUGUUCGAAUAGCAAGUUUAUCCAAUUGCCUGUUUGAUUAAAGUGUCAUUCCUGUAGUAAACAUUUAGAGCAAGAUCGUAACGAGACGCGACUACAUGAUACAACACACAAAGGUAUGAAAUAAUAUCGUUCAUGAGUGGCAAGACGUGUACUCAUAGCAAUAUAUUGCUAUUGUCAACAGAAAAAAGAAAAGAUAACUGAUAAAAUAGCUUUCGGCUAAGCUAGCCAUCACCGUGUCGCGUGUAGUGAAACAGCGCAUGGGAGCUUCGAGCCUUAAGUCUACACAAAGUUCAAAUCAAAUACGUACUCGUGUAGGAAUGCUCUGCGUGUUCCAUAAAUGACUUUUGUCGGUUCCUUUACUGUGAGGAUUCGUUCCGCAUCAAUGGUGCUCUAUUUACUGAUUCGUUGUAGAAGCUCUUCUAUACACUUAGCGUAUGAGCGAUAACGUAAUGACCACAUGCCUAUUUUCAUAUUAGCAAUAGAUGUAUCAUGGGAUAUUUUAUGCUAAUGGGUCGAUCGAUCUCCGGGACAUAGUUGGUAUAGAUUGUAAGGUUCUUUGGGUGAUUAGGACGUAAAACUAAACGGUUGUGCUUUUCGGAUACCUAGCCUGUAGCAGCAACUGUUUUGUGUAAGAAAACAUCAGUAAUGAGUGCGAUUUUUUUUCUUACAUUUUCAGUGAGCAGAGAUACCGUCAAAAAAAGAAAAUGUACUACAAAAAUGAAAGAUUUACUUCGAUUAAAAGGUAUGCUAGGCAAUACCGUGGCCGAUCGUAUAAUAAGUGAAUUAGCGAGUCUGCUUGAAGUAGCCUUAAAACCUGACGAGGUAGAGGCCUUAGAACUGGAGAGGCAGCUUAUGGCAGAGGACCGCAAGCAGCAAACGCUUCCUGCCCAACAAGGCGUGGGAAGUACACCAGAGGCACAAUUUGCGUACUCAUCUGCUUCAGACUAUUCAACACAAACAGACUGGUCUGUAUCGAAUUGUCAGACUCAAACCUCUCCUUCAUCUACUGUCACAAAAGAAGUUCAGGUCGGAAUUUUUGAAGAAAGAGAUUCUUCGCAAAUAGCGGGCCUUCAUGAGAAUGACCCAAAUAGCGUCAAGUAUAAUAUCGUAGCAACGGCAGCCGGAAGAUCUUCAGAGAGUCAGCAAAACGAGGGAGAAAAGUCCCUAUUGGAUGAUAAACAGUUGACGAGCGAACACGAUGAAUCUCGCGAUCGUUUACAACAAGCAGACGACAAGCGUGAUUCAGCAGGCACCAGUGAUCAAGCGGUGCAGGUUUCCUGCUCACUCAUUGAUGCUGCAAUUCAUCAGUCUUCUCCAGAGUCACUACAAUUACUGCAUACGCUUAAAAUUACUCGAAAAGAUCAAAUAGUCCAAGCGACCUGCACGACUCUUGAUGCAGCUAUUUGUACGGUUCCUUGUCGAACUCAGGAACAGCAACAGCUUGCACUCGAUGUAGGUACAUGUAUGUCGCCCAUUAGAUUUUCACCACAAACAUGCUCAAAAUGUUUUGAAAAAUUUCAAGGGUCGGAGGUUUUAUUGUCUGAUGCUGUCGUGUCGGAAGACCCUAGUGACAAGGCAGUUGCUGCUGGCAUUAAAGGUACUAGUCGUCUUGGUUCAAUGGAUGAUGAAUCUAAUGAAGAAACUAAGACUGCGAAACACAGCGAUGACGGACAUAAGCUAGAACUAUCAAAUGAACCGAUAGAACAGAAAUUGCGCUUAUCAAAUUGUCACAAAGCAGAGGCGCCACGGUCUCUGCUUGAUUGUAUUCCCGCAAUUGAAGUAGACGAGGAUAGAGAUGAUCCACUGUCGCCCCCUCAAGGAACUCUAAUACCUCGUAAGAAAGAGAAGAGGGUCAGCUUCGUUGAUCAGGGCGUUACUGAUGGACCUGCGCACGACAACAGCGAAGACUCAGAUGAGCGGAUUAUGCGCGAAUUGGAGAUGAUCAUCGCGGAAAUGCGGCAUCCGUUCGCCAAUCAUCGUGACAUCAUCCGUGAGCUAUCCCCACUACCCCCGAGUCCCGUUCCGCCAUCUUUGCAUUCUAACAAGCGUAAGAAAAAACGGCAUAGGGAAAAGGGGGCCGACGCAAAUAAACCCGACAUUGAUCAGCAGCCACAGAAAAGACUGGCACAUCAAAAUUCGACCGGCUUCGAUCCUCUUUUAUCGUCGUUUCCUUCUUCUCCUGCUCUGAAUGCCUGUUGGCCGUCAUCAGCACCUACUUCGGCACAAGAACAGUGUGCAGUACCGUGUACAGGAGAUAAUCGGGACAACACGAGUAGAUUGAAGGCCGAGGUGGCACACAUGCCUGAGAGUGGAGUGACGACAUUUAGUUUUCAAAUUCCGUCUGGAGGUAGUUCACGAAUUUCCAUCGAUUUUGAUCAAACUACUCGUCAAUUGCAGCUUUCAUGUCAAACACCAAAAAUGAUAAGUGCUCCAGAAGUACUGCCUAGUAGCUUGAAUGAGGAACGGAUAUCAUCUGGAAAUUAUGCGAUACAGCCGCGCGAAGGCUCUGGAAGGCCGUCUCUCGAUUUCUCAGCUCCGUCCGGUGGUGGGGAGCGUUGUUGGAGAUCGCCCGACGAGACCUUACUUCGAAGGAGAAUUUCAACGGUAAAUAACGAAAGCAUCCAGCACGGAAGUGUCGACCAGUAUUCACAGAAAGCUGGUACUUUCGUACAACAGUUAGAUACCCGUUCAGAAGUCUCCGAGCAAACAUUACAGACAACUUAUCGCGAAGACAGCAUUGAGAACAGCGUGUUCGAUCAAUCAGAAGAUCAUACGCAAACCAACGAUGACUUUAAAUACGUGCAGGCGAAACAACCUUGGGAUAUCGCCAAAGAUCACUUGAAGGAAGGCGACAAGCAGCAGAGACGUAAUGUUCUGCCCAUACGCUAUCCGUCAAUACUGAAGCAAGAUCGACGUCUUAAACGUUUAUCUAAGCAGAGGAAAAACAAGAGUGAUUCACUAAUCAAUGAUACUCGAAAAUGUACGCCGAAAAGCUCAAUAAACAAGUCAAUCCUUGACGCCAGAGAGAAAAUGAUGCAGCGGAAAGCGAAGGUUGAUCGGAAGGGACCCGCCGAUUCCGAUUUGGAAAGCUACAGUGCAGCGGAAGUUUGUUCAAAGAAUCAGUUGGUAACGAGCAACCUCUCGACAUCCGUCCUAGUAGAAGAAGAAAAUAUUUCAAAUGCCACAAACGAUGCAGAAAUUAUAAACCAGGACUGUAUAGACGCUUUCUCUGAAAAUCCGGAAAUAGAAGGACACCUUGAGGUAAGCUUGGAAGGUGACGAAGUAGGACCUGCUAUUGUGACAGCCAGAGUGAAUGAAGUUGAUGUACUUGCAGGCUCUGCAGGCGCCGAGCAGUCUCAGAAUGAGUCCAUUGAUCAAAUGGAAGAGAAUGUAUCUGAUCAAAUCGAAGAACCAACCCCUGCAUUAUCGGAUGCUAUCGUUAACUCGAAAGAGUCAGAAAAUUGCCAGGAAAUAAUUGAAAUCAAUGCUAUUAUUGAUCCUCCGCCUCCUUGGGUUCUUCGAAAUCUUAACGGUGAAUUAUAUCAGUCGCCCAUCAAGGAAGACAAUCUUAGUAACAGUGACUCAGAGGAGGAGAUGUGCAUAGCGGUAGAACUCGAAGAUAAGACAUUCACUCCCAUGAGUCCUGAAUAUACAGAAGUAGCGGACAGAGGGAUGGCGAAGCUAAUUCCUACUGAAUUCGAUGAAAAUAUGGCCCACUUCGUAUACGGAUCAAUUCAAAAUCGGCAGGCCAAGGAACCAAAUCCGGAGAAUAUGCUGCCACCGCCUGAUUCGCCAACAGAGUCACCGUCGUCUGUUGCAUCGAUCACUACGCGUCGGAUGGCUAAGAUCAUUCCCAGUUCGCCGCUGCGAAAUAGCUCACAGAACGUGUUCAAGACAAUGCCCAAGAGAGUGUCCCCAAGAACUUGCGUCAAGCAGAAGCUGACCCCGAAACCUACCGAACUAUUAGGACCGAUAGAGCUUGCUGCUAGCGCCCGGUCUACGGAAUCUAAAAUCAAACACCCAGAUAACAAGCCGACUACAUGUCUAGAAAAAUCGACAGGUUCUAAGGUUGCGGAUUCUCGACCAGCCACAAGAAAUGGUAUGAAAAUUAGCAUGCUGAAAGAUUCGUACGUUGCUGAGAAAGAGGACUAUACAAGCGAUACGUUAUUUGGAUAUGAUAACACCACAAUUUCUGUUGCAUCAGCUUCGCCUGUUACGUCCGUUCCCGCACAUACGAAAUCCUGCGAUGAGGACGCAUGUACUGCGAAAGUGGACAAAAUGCCUAUGUUAGCAGGAUUUUUCAAGCAAAACAAGGGACGAUUUCCUCGUUUUGAAAGUCUCUUAAAAAGCGUUGCUGAGGACGCAACAAGUAUGGAUGCAGUGGUAAACAGUCUUAUGAAUGAAAACCAAGUACGAAAAAUAUAUGUGAGCCUGGUUUAUGUUCUUAUAGACGUCAAUUGUGGUUUGAAUGAAGAUGAGCAACAGAUCAGUCGGCAGGAGAAGAACCUAAUGGAGUUUCUAUUAAAGAAGAUGCCUGCUAUUAAAAAGUAUGAGGGAAAAACAAGCCAUGCCAUCGCCCUUAGUUGCGUGAAUUUCAUUCGGGCGUAUUUGAUGUCACCGUCGGGAUCUACUCGCAGUGUCCUCGAGCUGAGCAGCCUUCUCAAGGUGUUAGCGCUGGUGGCACAAGAGACGCCUUCGGAACGACGACAGCUCCUUGAUGAAAUGUAUUACUUCAUGGCGGAUAGGACCGGCGAAGCCGCGUACCUCAUCUGCUGCUUUCUAGCUGUUUGGCCUGGAUCGCUUAGUCAGGUUGAAUUUGAUUCCCCAAUGGGUUUUAUACUGCGCUACGUGCUGUACCAUCAUCCAUCAGUUGUCCCACAGGAAGAUCUUCAAAAAGCUCGUACAGCAGCACUGCGUUCUGGUUGGAAGCCGCUUCCACCGACAGGCACAUCUCUAGCGGAAGCAAUUGAACGUUUCACACCGGUAGUAUUUGGACGGCGCGCUGAAAGCGCUGAAAUGUCACGUCUAGCACUUCAGGCCUUGGAGUUGUUGCUGACCGUACAGGGUGACCCGGGGCAAGCUCGAGUGGUUCUGGAGGGUAAUAUUCCGCGCCUUCUUGCCCCUGAGGCUGGCUGCAGUCAGUGGGAAGUGCACUCGUUACUGCAACUUUGUGGUAAGGUAUGGAAAAAAUUUGGUGCGCACGGCGUGGCCCAGGUGACCUUUGAGUCAACAAUUGAAGGAAUGUUACGGCUGAUGGAGCAACUCAGUCCUGAAAAAGAGGAUACAAAGGAAUUCUGCCGUAAAGCUUUCUGGUCGUACGCAAGUUAUGAUAAGGAUUCGGAGUGGUCGUCUCGGGCGAAGCAGCACUGUAUGAAACAGCUCGCCAAAAAUAAGCGAAAUAAAAUGUUUUCCCAAAAAAACGACAAGAAAUAUAAUACUAUUAAUAAUAACAAUAACAACAAAAAGAAAAAUAAACAAAAAUCUAAGACUCCACAGCGAGCUAGUGGAGGAGUGACCAGCUCAAGCUCUACGAGCAGCAAACAGACUAGAAAGAAGGGUAAACAAAUUAAAGCAAAAAGUACCAAGAUUAACAGCCACUAAGUUAAAAAGUUACAACACCGGUGCAUACGAUUGCGAUCCUACAUUUGGGCAUAACAUGAAUCGUAAUGUGACAUGUGUUUUUAUGUACAGUUAUAGUGGGGAAGAAGGAUGGAUAGCUAGGAUGUAAAUAUUUCAAUGGAGUUGCGUUUAUCAUCGCUAAAGAUAGACUAUAAUAGAUAAUCUAAGACAUGAGUGUAGGCGUUGACUAUGCGCUUAACGGAUGCCAGGUGCCCAACUCGAAGACUAAGCAAGCAUUACUCAUCAUCUAGUGAGGUUAUACAGCUGGCCAUUCUAUUAUAAGGCAAUUCUAUUUAGACGUCUAGCGUGCUGCAAGCAAGCAGACGCGUUAGCUGCGUCAGAAAGUAUAUUUCAUUGAUUAUUUGUGAAUACGUAUUUGUGUAUUUGUUUACAGUUAAUAAUGUCAGUGUUCGUUAGUCUCUUUGCAGUUGAGCCUUAUUAGACGUUUUCGACGCGUUACUCUAUCACUUUUGCUGUAGAUAAAGGCCUACACACAAACGAGAUAUACAAAGGGGAAGAAGUAAGCUUAGGAAACGAAACAAUAUCGAUACAUAUAAUAUAUUUGGAAAACAUUCCUUUGCUGUUGAAAAUGCUGCAUAAUGCUUCAUGCGUUACUGUUUAUGGCUGUAAAUAAAUCUGUAAAUAUUUUUCUUCCA